AUGACGCUCGAUAUUGACAACGACGCACUGCUGUGCAAAGUAUUUCCCGCAAGCCUACAAGGGCAAGCCCUAUCAUGGUUUCAUCGCCUACCGCCCAACUCUAUUGGCAACUUCAGGGAUCUGUCCGAAGCUUUCGUCGGACAAUACCUGUGCUCCGCUCGACACAAACAGAACAUCAACACUCUGCAAAACAUAAAAAUGCAGGACAAUGAAUCCUUAAGGGAAUUCGUGAAGCGGUUUGGCCAAGUCGUGCUACAAGUAGAGGCUUGCAGCAUGGAUGCUGUCCUACAGAUCUUCAAGCGAAGUAUCUGUCCAGACACUCCAUUUUUCGAAUCACUAGCUAAAAAGCCUCCGACAACGAUGGAUGAUUUGUUCCGACGUGCCAACAAAUAUUCAAUGCUCGAAGAUGAUGUACGGGAAGCCACCCAGCAAGUCAUGGUUGCUGGGCAAACAGCUAGAGGUACCGCGGAAAGGAACGCUAAACUUCCAGACCGGCCAAAGCCGUCUGACCGAAGGCAGAAGGGGCUAAGUCGCCCGGAAAGGCCGCCUCUCACACCUCUUUCCUUAUCAUAUGAGAAACUUCUCCCUAUGAUCCAAGGCCUGUCCGACUUCAGGUGGCCCAGACCCCAAGGGACGGACCCAUCCACAAGGGAUCAUAGCAAGAGAUGUGCCUUCCACAAGGAACAUGGCCACACAACAGAAACAUGCAGAAGCCUCCAGUAUCUGGUCGAGAGGCUCAUCAAGGCAGGACAUCUAAAGCAAUACCUCCGCUCAGACGCUGAAGGAAAAGUCACUUCCCAACAUUACGACCCUAGGGCCCCCAGGACCCCAACCGCCCCCAAGGCCGUCAUAAAUUAUAUUAACGGAGGCCCAUCUGACGAUAAAUACGACUCUAGGCGAAAAAAUCAGAAGUUGUUGCGUGUCGCAUCAAUACGCGAAUGCAUCAACUCCAUCCGACCUGGACUAACCGGAGGGGGCUUAACGUCUUUUCAACUGCCAAACCUGUCCGGCAGAAUAUUAGGCGCUUUCACCCGGAUAGACAAAAAGUCAUUCGGAAUGAGAAUGACAAAUUGCUGGAAGCCGGAUUCAUCAGAGAAGUGGCUUAUCCGGAGUGGUUAG